AUGGCUUUCAACUUUGGCUCGUCAGGGUUCAGCUUUGGACAGACGACGGCGUCGACUUCGACAAGCACACCGGCGACUAGUGCACCGGCGCCGCUCUUCGGCCAGCCAGCUGCGUCCACUGCGCCUCCAGCUGGCGGCCUGUUUGGUGGAGGAGCGACUUCGACGGCUCCCUCCUUCUCCUUCGGCGCUGCGGCUGCACCAAAGCCUCCAGCAUCAACAGCGCCUACCUUCUCAUUCGGCGGGGCAGCUUCCACAGCGCCUGCUGCUGGCACCACCCCUGCUCCCGCCGCUGGCGGACUCUUCUCGACUCCCGCCAAGCCAGCUGGAACAGGACUGUUCGGCGCACCGGCAGCAGGAACGACGACGCCAGCUGGGACGCCGGGUCCUGCAGCGCCGUUGUUCGGUGGAGGCGCGGCAGCAGGAGGAGGACUCUUUGGCGGGAAGCGCGAGGCGGACUCUGCGACGGGCGAGGCAGCCGCAAAGAAGCCCGCUCCGACGUUCAGCUUCGGUGCACCUGCCGCGUCGGCGCCUGCAACUUCGGCCGCCGCACCUGCCGCAACGACUCCCAGCCUCUUUGGCGGCGCGGCAGCAGCGAAACCUGCCGAGGCGCCGAAGCCGCUGUUCGGUGCCGCACCUGCAGCAGGUUCUUCGACUACUCCGUCUCUCUUUGGCGCUAAGCCUGCCGAGUCCACUGCUGCGUCCACCGGAACGACUCCUGCUCCAGCCGCCCUUUCACUCUUUGGUGCACCUGCAGCAAGUGUGCCGACUACAACGCCGUCGUUGUUCGGUGCCAAGCCCGCUGAUGCUGCCGCAACUUCCACCCCGCCCGCUGCCCCGCCUGCAGCACCGUCGCUCUUCGGCGCCAAGCCUGCCGCGCCCGCCUCGACGACUUCGACUGCAGCACCCGCUGCACCGGCUCCAGCUCUCUCCUUCGGUGCUCCCGCCUCGACCGCCGCCGCUGCGAGCGCACCUUCCAGCUCUGCGCCUGGCGCCGCUCCGGCCAGUGCCGCGCCCGCUCUUUCAUUCGGCCUCAAGCCUCCUACCACCACUCCCGCGCCGACUGCGACCCCUGCCCCGUCGACUGCCUUGACCUUCGGCGCCAAGCCCGCUACCACUACGCCUGCACCGGUCGCAGCUGGAACGCUCGGCUCGACGAGGGCGACCGCCCCUGCAGCACCGACGCCCUCGAUGCUGCGAGGCAAGACUCUCGACGAGAUUGUCAACGCUUGGAGCGUCGAGUUGGACGAGCGUACGCGCGACUUUGUCGAUAUUGCGGGCGAGGUGAGGGAGUGGGACCGCGUCUUGCGUGAGAAUGGCGAGCAGAUCUCGAAUUUGUACAACUCGGUCCUCCCGCUCUCGCCUCUCCAGACGACCAUCACCUCCUCGCUCGACUACAUUGAGUCGCAGCAGUCGGACCUGUCGUCGAUCCUCGACGCGUACGAGGCGCAGAUCGGCGACCUCGUCGACCAGUCCUCGACCUCUUCAGCCGGUCUCUCGCGCGGCGGCUCGGCGGCCGAGAAGGAGCGCGAACAGGCGUACCAGCUCGCCUCUACGCUGUCCAACUCGCUCGACUCGACCUCCUCGUCCCUCACCUCCCUCAUCCAGACCCUGAACGCCCUCUCGCCUGCUCUCGCACCCGGCGCAGACGGGACGCAUCAAGACGACCCUCUCACGCAGAUUGCGGCGAUUUUGAAUGCGCACCUUGGGUCGCUCAAGUGGAUCGAGGGCACGACGGACCAGUUGAGGAAGAAUGUGAGCGACCUGGAGGGGAGGGUUGGAGACGUGCAGGGCAAGAUUGGGGCGAGUCAGGGGAGGGUUGGGGGGACGGGGAGCCAGAAUGGGACGCCGGUGAGGGGCAGCGCAUUCGGUGCUAGCCAGUUGGGCAGGAGCACGGCGAGUCCGUUCGCGAGGAGGUUGUGA